CGACAGCCUGAGCGUGAGCCCGGGACCGGCGGCCGGGGGCGCUAGCCCCUCAUGUUCUGGAGAACGAGCAAAUGUGAUGUCAUGCCCAUUGUUUUGGUGCGCCCAACCAAUCGGACUCGCCGCCUGGAUUCUACCGGAGCCGGCAUGGGCCCUUCCUCGCACCAGCAGCAGGAGUCCCCGCUCCCGACCAUAACGCAUUGCGCAGGGUGCACCACCGCCUGGUCUCCCUGCAGCUUUAACAGCCCUGACAUGGAAACCCCAUUGCAGUUCCAGCGCGGCUUCUUCCCGGAGCAGCCGCCGCCGCCACCGCGCUCCGUACACCUGCAUUGCCAGCAGCAGCAACAGAGCCAAGACAAGCCCUGCCCGCCCUUCGCGCCCCUCCCGCACCCUCACCACCCGCACCUCGCGCACCAGCAGCCGGGCAGCGGUGGCAGCAGCCCAUGCCUCCGGUGCAACAGCUGCGCCUCCUCGGGUGCUCCGGCGGCGGGGGCGGGGGCGGGGGAUAACCUGUCCCUGCUGCUCCGCACCUCCUCGCCCGGCGGCGCCUUCAGGACCCGCACCUCAUCGCCGCUGUCGGGCUCGUCGUGCUGCUGCUGCUGCUCCUCGCGCCGGGGCAGCCAGCUCAAUGUGAGCGAGCUGACGCCGUCCAGCCAUGCCAGUGCGCUCCGGCAGCAGUACGCGCAGCAGCCCGCGUCCGCCUCCCAGUACCACCAGUGCCACAGCCUGCAGCCCGCAGCCAGCCCCACAGGCAGCCUGGGCAGCCUGGGCUCCGGGCCCCCGCUCUCGCACCACCACCACCACUCGCACCCGGCGCACCACCAGCACCACCAGCCCCAGGCGCGCCGGGAGAGCAACCCUUUCACCGAAAUAGCCAUGAGCAGCUGCAGGUACAACGGGGGCGUCAUGCGUCCUCUCAGCAACUUGAGCUCGUCCCGCCGGAACCUGCACGAGAUGGACUCGGAGGCGCAGCCCUUGCAGCCCCCUGCGUCCGUCGUAGGAGGUGGAGGCGCGUCCUCCCCGUCUGCCGCCGCCGCAGCCGCCUCGUCCUCAGCCCCGGAGAUCGUGGUUUCGAAGCCGGAGCACAACAAUUCCAACAAUCUGGCGCUUUACGGAACCGGCGGCGGCGGCAGCACUGGAGGCGGCGGCGGCGGCGGCAGCGGGCAUGGUAGCAGCAGCGGCACCAAGUCUAGCAAAAAGAAGAACCAGAACAUCGGCUACAAGCUGGGCCACCGGCGCGCCCUGUUCGAGAAGCGCAAGCGGCUCAGCGACUAUGCGCUCAUCUUCGGCAUGUUCGGCAUCGUGGUCAUGGUCAUCGAGACCGAGCUGUCGUGGGGCGCCUACGACAAGGCGUCGCUGUAUUCCUUAGCUCUGAAAUGCCUUAUCAGUCUCUCCACGAUCAUCCUGCUCGGUCUGAUCAUCGUGUAUCACGCCAGGGAAAUACAGUUAUUCAUGGUGGACAAUGGAGCAGAUGACUGGAGAAUAGCCAUGACUUAUGAGCGUAUUUUCUUCAUCUGCUUGGAAAUACUGGUGUGUGCUAUUCACCCUAUACCUGGGAAUUACACGUUCACAUGGACGGCACGGCUUGCCUUCUCCUAUGCCCCAUCCACAACCACCGCUGAUGUGGAUAUUAUUUUAUCUAUACCAAUGUUCUUAAGACUCUAUCUGAUUGCCAGAGUCAUGCUUUUACAUAGCAAACUUUUCACUGAUGCCUCCUCUAGAAGCAUUGGAGCACUUAAUAAGAUAAACUUCAAUACACGUUUUGUUAUGAAGACUUUAAUGACUAUAUGCCCAGGAACUGUGCUCUUGGUUUUUAGUAUCUCAUUAUGGAUAAUUGCCGCAUGGACUGUCCGAGCUUGUGAAAGAUACCAUGAUCAACAGGAUGUUACUAGCAACUUCCUUGGAGCAAUGUGGUUGAUAUCAAUAACUUUUCUCUCCAUUGGUUAUGGUGACAUGGUACCUAACACAUACUGUGGGAAAGGAGUCUGCUUGCUUACUGGAAUCAUGGGUGCAGGCUGCACAGCCCUGGUGGUAGCUGUAGUGGCAAGAAAGCUAGAACUUACCAAAGCAGAAAAGCAUGUGCACAAUUUCAUGAUGGAUACUCAGCUGACCAAAAGAGUGAAAAACGCAGCUGCCAAUGUACUCAGGGAAACAUGGCUUAUCUACAAAAACACAAAGCUAGUAAAAAAGAUCGAUCAUGCAAAAGUACGAAAGCAUCAACGAAAAUUCUUGCAAGCUAUUCAUCAAUUAAGAAGUGUAAAAAUGGAGCAGAGGAAACUGAAUGACCAAGCAAAUACCUUGGUGGAUCUGGCAAAG